AUGUUGGUGUUUGUUCACCCAAUUCACGCCACGACCAUGUCCCUAGAUUUCCCACUAGUAUUGCGCAACGGCCGGCUUUUUGAACCCAUUGCUAGCACCAUCCCCCGCUUCCUCGACAUGCUCAGCAAAGCACAUAGUCCGCCCGUACAGACAAAUUCGUUUCAUCUAUCAUGCCUAGAUCAGAACAUCGUGCGCGUAUACAUACAGACCCUGUGUAUUUUCCCCUUUCCUGAUCUGAAUGACGCCGAAACGGCCAUACAAGCUCUCGGUGUCGGGCUUCGUCUCACACUCAACAAGUUUCGCUUUCUUGCUGGUACACUCACACUUGCGGACCGAAAGGCUGGGAAACUCGCUCUCAACUAUCCGACUGAGAUCACAAGCGAGCAACUGAAUAGAGUGUUCCGAUCAAAGCAAAUUCCAUACCAUGAGACAGACUUCCCACACACCUACGAACAGCUCAAAAGACAUGGCAUGCCACCAAGUGCACUUCGAAGUGCUAUGUUUGUUCCGGAAGAUCUGGGAAACUAUGCUGGCAUUCCACGAGAUGGCGAAGGGAAAGUAGACUUCGAUAAGAGCGACGCACCCGCGAUGCGGACUCAGGCGUUCUUCAUACCCGGCGGCCUCGUACUUUCCAUGUACAUGCAUCAUAGUGUUGUCGAUUUCUCCGGCGUUACCCUCUUCUGGCAGACUUUCUCCGAGAAUGUUUCCAAGAUCUCAAAGCAGCAACUCUUCGAAGAGCACAAGAUCAUGGAUAUGGGAAGCGUCGCCGAGAGACACUCCCUAAUGCGGAAAGCCGUUGACGAGCAAAUCACGCCACAGCGAGGUGAGGGCAGUGCAGAUUGCUAUUGCGAUGGUCCGCCUCAGUAUUUGAAAACUCUACCCAAAGAGACAAAAUGUACUCAAAGGCUCUUCGUCAUUCCAGCAUCACGGGUGCGCGAGUACAGGGAGGUUCUGCGCGCCUACUUUCCCGAGGAUACCCCUCCGACUAUGUGCAAUGUCCUCGCAGCCCUGGUCUGGACGCAUGUUACCCGCGCUAGAGCAGGUCGCCUGAUCAAGUGCGGGUUGACAGAGACCAGUGUCGGUAUCGCAACGGACUUACGAAGAAGACAACAUCCUCCCGUUACUACAGACUACAUGGGAAACAUGGCGUUGUUCUCACGGGGCACGAUGAACGUCUCCGAUCUCACAUCAGAGGACCGUGUAACCAAGUCCACAAUCGUCAACGUCAUAAACAUCAUCAAGAGCACGAUCCUCGAUGUCGACGACGAAUGGGUGAGCCGUCACCUAACAUUCUUCAAGUCGAUCGAACAUAUUACAGACACCGAGGUCGCGCUGGCCUUGACCUUUGGAUCGGACAUUUACAUCUCCUCCUGGCUAAACUUCGGCGCUGAUCUUCACUGGGGCAUACCCGGUACAGAUCUAGGCAAGGACUCCCUUGCUGGUCGACCUGAGUUCAUCAGGCGAUCUUAUGGACCGGGUGAUGGUGGAAUGAUCUUCCUCCCGCGCCGUAGACAAAUUGCGAACGAAAAGGAAGCGCCCUUUGAGAUCCUCGUACGACUCGCCGACGAAGACAUGACGCGUGUGUUGAACGAAGAGGGCGGGCUAAGCUGUUGGGCCGACGCCGUGAUUGAGUAA